UGUACAACAAUCAUCGUUUAUUCAGAUUGUACAAGAAAAGAUUCAAGGUUUCUUUAGGCGACUUGCAAUAUAUAAGUCACCGCCAAACUCGAGUUCUAGCGUCACUGUUACCUGGAGUCAGUGACAUUGCCACUUCGAGGUUUGUAUAGUUCAUUCGGGGAGACUAUAAUUUAUAGACGAACUAAUCAAAUAUAAGGUAAAUCUUGUAUUUUGACACAGACUUCAUUCGUCCAUCUGGCUGAAUGUCAUUUCGGCAGUUUAGAUGAUGCCACCUCGUGAUAAAAACUUUAAAUCUAGUUCAUGAUCCUAACCUUCAACUUCCUAGUCAACAGGUGAACAGUAUCUGGAUCACUUCAGCGUCGACCAAAGAUCGUCCGUAAAUUGAAGUCUCACCAUCGAUAUUCACCACCCAGUCACAUAUCGUAAACUGAGACUUGUUCAUGCGGGUUGGCUGUAUAUACACAGUGCAAAACAAGGAUUUAAUUUCCCACUUAGUGGCCUGUUUUCUCAGAAAAAAUAUUUUUAGAAGAUUUUUUAUACAGAUCCUUUGAAUCUAUCUAUACAAUCUCCCUGUUUGUUUGUAAAGUAAUAAGUUCUCUCUUUGGAUCUGAUACAUAUUACGUUUUAAAAGUGAGCCGCAACUAUAAUGAUAACAACGCUGAGAAGAUUUUCCAUCCGAUAUCGGGUUUAAUUUGACAAUUAAUGACAAACUCUAACGACUCAGAUCAUACUAUAAGCAUGAUUGAACUUCAUAGAACAAAUGGUACCAUUGUAAGAAAAAAUCACUGUGUCCAUAUAAUUAUUGUAACAGCCAAAACGUGCUAUGAACAAUGGCAGUACCGAGAUAUGGGUUUCCAAAUCGUUAUGUAGAAAAGUUCAUAUAUAAACAAAUUCAAGUACUUUCCGUUGACAUUUCUCUAGGUAAUCAACUAUUCGUAAAAUGUGUGAUGAGUAUGGCGGUGCAGAUGACUUUGAAUCAGAUGAAGAGCCUCUGGACGAGGUACCAGAAGAGGAUUUAGACACAAAACCUGAAGGUGUCACGUACAUAACAGCUGAUGAAGCGCCGCGCUUAUCAGGUCAAAAUAUGGCUGCCCCAGUAGAAAAAAGUAAACGGAUCACUACUCCAUAUCUUACGAAGUAUGAGCGUGCUAGAGUUUUAGGUGCACGAGCUCUGCAACUAUCAAUGUCUGCUCCCGUUAUGGUUGAACUGGAUGGUGAACGAGAUCCUCUAAAAAUUGCUGAAAAGGAAUUAAGGGCUAACAAGAUACCUAUCAUUAUUCGACGUUUCCUUCCUGAUGGGAGUUUUGAAGACUGGAGUUUGGAUGAACUUAUUUUGACAGAAUAAAUCCAUAUUUUUUGUUUUAUGCGUGACUUGGAUUGUUCGGUACCGCUGAUAAUCAUGUCUUUCGUCAGCAAUAUUAUCCGCUUUCUCUAAAAGGGAACUUGGUUUAUUUUCAUGGUCAGUCAUAAUCAAUGUACACAUGAGCACGAGCGUAAUUUAGUU